CCAGAUCGAACCGGUCUCAUGAAGAUCAGGUCUACUCACAGCUCAAAGGGUGACAAGUCACAAGCAAAAAAAAUCACAAUUCAGAGUUGGUCGUCUCUUCUUCAUCGUCAUCAUCGUUGUCGUCAAUUUCUGCAAAUUCCAUUUCAUCAAAAAGUCAAACCCCACAAUUUUCUUCAAACUCACUCACCUUCAAACUACCCCUUUCUUCUUCCUCAUCACCCACCAUUUCCGCUCAUUUCCCUUCUUCCCCCCCAUAAGCUCUAAUCAAUGGGAAAAGGCGGCGGUUGCGUACCCAGCAAGAAGAAACUCCCCGCCGCCGGAACCACCCCUAGAAACCUCCAACCGGUGGCGCCACCAAUCGACGGUGAAAAAUCCCCCUCUUCAGAACCAAUCCCCACCCCGCAAAACAACGCAGUUAUCGACCCAACACCGACUCGGAAUCUGAAGCUAUACAUAGUAUUCUACUCGAUGUACGGACACGUGGAGGGGUUAGCGAGGAGGAUGAAGAAGGGGGUCGAUUCGGUAGAGGGUAUUGAGGGGGUUUUGUAUAGGGUGCCGGAGAAUUUGUCGCCGGAGGUUUUGGCUCAUAUGAAGGCGCCGUCGAAGGAUGAUUCUAUCCCUGAGAUUGUUGAGGCGGCGGAACUUGCGGCGGCGGACGGAUUCUUGUUUGGGUUUCCGACUAGGUAUGGGUGUAUGGCGGCACAGAUGAAGGCGUUUUUUGAUUCGACGGGGCAAUUGUGGAAGGAGCAGAGUUUGGCCGGAAAACCUGCCGGAUUUUUUGUUAGUACUGGUACUCAAGGCGGCGGCCAGGAGACUACUGCUUGGACAGCAAUUACUCAAUUAGUUCAUCAUGGAAUGCUCUUCGUCCCUGUUGGGUAUACCUUUGGUGCUGGAAUGUUCAAGAUGGACACAAUACGAGGCGGCUCUCCGUACGGCGCUGGUGUUUUUGCAGGGGAUGGAACUCGAGAACCUACUGACACCGAGCUAGCACUUGCGGAACACCAGGGCAAGUAUAUGGCUGCAGUUGUCAAGAGGCUUGCCUAGCCUUGAUCUUCACCAAAUUGUGUUACCUCUUCUGUUGAAGUGUAUAUGUUCCAUUUAUUAAUAUUUGAUAUCUUGGUUUUCAUAUAUAGUCAGCCUUUUGGCACUUGCAUAGAGUUAUAGGGCUUUUUUCUGUUCAUUAUUUUUUUUGGUUUCCUGUUGGUGUUCUUUUUUCAUUGUGUUGGAUGUAUUCUUGGAGUUAAGUUGGUGUACAUAUUAUUUAUAAUUCAGUGAUUGAUCGUUUGUUUCAAGGUCAUGAUAAAAAUAUGUCAAAGUUUGUAAACAGAUAUCUUCUUGGCGAAGCAUAGAUAUCGACAUAUCUUGUCUCUGAUUUGAAGCUCUCCGGACUGCCCUUGAGCCAAACUAGACCUGAUCAAAUUGCGGGCCGGGCCAGGUCAUACCUUGAAAAUUCUGUCCAUUAAGCCGGGCCGGGCUUUUCUUGCCCAAAAUCCGCAAUUCCGGGCCGAAUUUUCUUGCCGAAAACCCGCUGCAGUUGUCAAGAGGCUUGCCUAGCCUUGAUCUUCACCAUUUAGGUCCCUGUCACUGUUUGAUAGAAUCCCAAUUGUGUUACCUCUUCUGUUGAAGUGUAUAUGUCACAUUUAUUAUUUGAUAUGUUGGUUUUCAUAUAUAGCAAGCUUUCUGGGACUUGCAUA